AUGUCUCUCCCGCCUGAGCGAAUCCGCAUCAAGCGGCGGAGAGAAGAUGAACCGGUAGAGACUCUCUACAUUCAAUCAGAUAUCCACCAGCCUAAGAGGCGGUUCACAGACUACGUUUUUCAACGCGUUGUUCUGCAUAUUGACAAAGAAAAUAGCCAGGAUGACCCUAAGGGCGGCCUUUCACCCCAGUCCCAGGUGAAGGGGCGACCUCAAGGCAAUCGUUCUGUAACCGUCAGUCAUCAUACUACUAAAGCCUCCAGUACUGCGGUGAACAACUCGGGGAUUCCAAUUAUCACUACGCCAUCUACGCGUAGUGAAAAGGCUAAAUCAAAGCAGAAACAGCCUAUCGCUGCGGAUAGAGAUGAGCAUGACGGCACUGAUAUUGAGUCAGCCAGAAGUGAAUCUCCAUCGUUGUCAACCUUGUCCAGCGUACCUAGAGUUAUUUCUUCCGCCAAGAGGCCGGCUACAGAGCAGCCUACUAGCUCAUCCAUUCGUCGUUUCCAUCUGGAGGCACCGAGCGCUAAUGAGGACUCAGAUGAUAAUCUGGAUGUACUUCACCGAGUCCAUGGAGGUAUUCAAAAGAAGAGAUUACGAAAAAAUUCCAGCUAUCGGCCUGUUAUUGUGGAGAAUACUGUGGUUGCCAACAAAAGGGCCAUUGACAAGCCAUCGAGCUCUACUAAAGGAAGCCACUCGAACCUGCAUAAGGGGGCUGACGAGACUAAAAAAUCUAAUGCCACCAUAGAAAAGCUUUCUGUAAUUGGCAGAGAAUGUAAAGAUUCACCAAAGCUGCCCGGGUCUUAUCAGCUGAGCAAAGGGACCAGGAGCGGAGAAUCAGUCCUUGAAGACCCGAGCACAUGGGACCACGACUCCGAUAAUCUUGCCAACGAGCUGGCACGUAUUGCCUUGGAAAUGACGAAUGACGUUGACCCAUCCGAGAAGGCCCUCUCGGCCACAGCAGCAGCUACAACACGCCCGGCUCCGCAAAAAAGGCCACUAAAAUAUAAACCACGAUUGCCUAAAACACCUCGGACAGGACAUCAAGGUGAUCAGCAUGGAGGGGUUCCUGUACCAGCUGCUAAAGCCUCAGAUGGGGUAGUUACAAACAGCAUUGGCUUCAACAAUAAUGACUGUGGUACUAGUAGUAAGCUUGAUUACCACCAUGCAUCUGAUACCCCAGAGGAACGGGCAUUAUCCGUGCGGGAUGAGGAUUCUGAUUCCGGCUAUGUGUUCGACGAAUUUAUCAGAAGACCUGUGCAUGAUGUUGUUGCCGACCCAAACGUUCAAUAUUUUCAAGAUGGAAAAUGGGCUGAAGGACGCGAAUAUCCGAAAGGUGUGGGCAUUGUUGUCAUUACACAAGAUGACUCGCAUUUCUGGGAUGCGAUUGCCGAAGACGAUGAUGAGAAGGAUUGGGAUACAGAGGAUGAGGAUUCCAAUGCCGAGGAUAACCCUGCGAACGAGUAUCCAGAUGAGGAUCUCGACUUUGACGAUGAAUACUGUGAUAACAAUGCGAUUUACCGGCGUUUCCGUGUAAAUGCAUCUGAUGAUGAGGAAUAUGAUACACUUGAUUACGAUACCUACGGCUAUCGUACUUACCCCAGCAAUAUGCUUAGUGAUAGUGAUUCGGACAUUUGA